AUGGAUUCAAAAGAGCCCCCUGUCAUAGAUUUCGCGCCAUUCUAUGGCCCCGAGUGGCCCGCUAAGGAAAGGCUUAUUAGCGAACUGCGGCAGGCCUGCAGAGAGUACGGAUUCUUUCAGCUGAUCAAUCACGCAGUACCUGCCGAACUUCAAGAGUCAGUCAUGCGCCACAGUCAAGACUUCUUUGCUCUACCAACUGAGACAAAGGAGAGGUACGGGAAGGACAUUGGAGGGUUCAACCGCGGCUACGAGAGACUACGAGCCCAAAAUCUCGAGAAGCGGACCCAGGGUGAUUUGAAUGAAGGGUUCUACAUGGGCAAGAAUCCACCACUAGAUGACCCAUACGUUAACGUAAUGGAUGACUACCACGCUGUCCUUACCGCGCUGGCCAUGGGGAUCAUGCAGAUGAUUGCGCGCACACUGCAUUUAGAUGAGGAUGUCUUCCAUGAUUUCUGCGAGCAUCCAGUGGCCGUGCUGCGUCUGCUUCACUACCCUCCGCAGGGGCCCAAGGCAGCGGAAGAUGAAAGAGUGAAUGUGACCCCUAUCCCCGGAGCCUAUGUAGUCAAUCUCGGUAAUAUGAUGAUGCAAUGGACAAACGAUCAGUACUUGUCCAAUAUCCACCGAGUUAUAAACAAGAGCGGCAAGGAGCGCUUCGGUGUGCUAUUCUUCUUCUCUGAAAAUCCGGACUACACCAUUCGAUGUCUACCAAGUUGCGAAGACAGCAAGGAGGGAGCGAGAUAUGCUCCGAUCACGGUGGGCGACACUUCAGCGACGAAAGCGAUCGGAAAGCUUCGCAACGACCUCGUGGUGGAGCUCUCUGCAAGAUAG